UUAGUUACCUUUGCUUUUUUCGAUCUGACGAACUGUUAGAUGAAGUUUAGGGAUGUUUAGCGUCAACAUUUAAACCGUAUCAACGCCGACUCUUAUGUGGAAAUCUCCAGUGUAGAUUGAGUCUGUUGUAGGCUACAAUGACAGUCUUUCAUCUGGAUGAUUUUUUAGCAGGAUGGAUUGGAGGAGCAUCCAGUGUAAUUGUAGGACAUCCGCUUGACACAGUCAAGACUCGUUUACAAGCUGGCAAUGGAUACAAGAAUACUCUCCACUGUAUUGUAUCCAUCUACAAAAAGGAAAAUGUUGCAGGGUUUUUCAAAGGCUUGUCCUUUCCACUGGCUAGCAUCACCCUCUAUAACUCAGUGGUGUUCGGAGUCUUCAGCAACACACAACGCUUCAUUAGCAGAUAUCGUUAUGGUGACAGUAGACACCCUUGCAGCAUGCUUGACUUGACUGUAGCGAGCAUGUUAACCGGUCUGGUUUCGGUGGGGGUGGGCGCCCCUGUUGACCUUAUCAAAAUUAGACUGCAGAUGCAAGCCCAACCUGUUCUUGCAGAGAACUUUAACAUUGCUGGGAAUGGGAGUGUCCCUCUUCGGUCAAUGGGAAUUCAGUCCCAGACUAUGUACAGAGGGCCGCUGCACUGCAUUAGUACUGUCCUGCAGAACGAGGGCAUUCAAGGGCUCUACCGAGGAGCGGGCGCCAUGAUAUUGCGGGAUAUACCUGGUUACACCCUGUACUUCAUACCGUACACAUUAUUCUGUAACUGGCUGAAUCCUGAUAGCAAUGGCACCCCUCAUCCAUGCAGCAUAUGGCUAGCAGGAGGUUUAGCAGGAUCCAUCUCAUGGGUCACCGCCACACCUACGGACGUGGUGAAAAGCAGGUUGCAGGCCGAUGCCAUGCAGCAGAGGAAAUACAAGGGCAUUAUGGAUUGCAUCAUGCAAAGUUACAAGACAGAGGGAAUACAUGUUUUCUUUCGUGGGGCGACCGUGAAUGCUAUCAGAGGAUUUCCAAUGUGUGCAACCAUGUUUCUUGGUUACGAGCUUUCCCUCCAGUUUUUCCGCAGUUCCUAACACAGACUCAAGCUGAAACAAGCUAACGCACAAUAUAUGCUCUCAGAAAUGAUUUUAUAGGAUUCGUGAUUUUAAUGGCAUGUAGACUUACAUGUGGCAUUUAUGUGAGUUCAUUGUUGAUACAAUGAAGAGUAUCAGGGAAGCUGUGUUUCUUAUAUUAAGAAAAAAGUGAAAAAUAGUAAAGUAUUUUGAACAUAUUUGUUUUGCUGAGAUAUUUUAAUAUAUGAUUAUCUUUUUAGAUAAGGUCGGUGGGCUUUCAGUGCGGAGUGCCUUUAGGUGUAUCUGCUAAUGCAAUAAUAUGCAAAUGGGAACAAAUUAUAUAGUGAACCUGUAAUAUAAAGUGUUUGCAUGCUUGUUUGUAUGAAUCACUUUCAAAUGUAUUUUACUUGAUGUAAAUAGGAAUUUUUAUUUUUUUUUAGAAUAAGUUUGCUCUCAGCUGUGAUAUGUCGGAAUAUGCUCGUUUGAAAACAUUGUCAUGGGUGUUCAUGUCCUUGAAAAUACUUUUAAUGCUUCAUAUCCUUUUUUACACAACCUCCACUCUCCUCUUAUCAUCUAAUUGUUAUGGAAAGAGGAAUAUAGAGGCAAGAAACGAGUUGUAAAAGUAAUAUAAAUAUAAAUUAUAUAAAGUGUCUUUUGAAUAAA